AUGGGCAACAUCGAGCGGGUCAAAAAAAUCGAGUGGGCAAAGAAUUGGGGAUGGCAGAUGUUCAACGUGAAUCUGGCGUGUGGAGCAAUGUCGGUAGUGAUCAGCACGAUACCAUAUCCUUUUAGAGGCCAACACGCCAUAGGAUGUAUCUUUUACAUUGCCAACAUCGUCAUCUACCUCUUUAACAUCGCUAUGACCUCUCGAAGAAUACACCGCUGGCCCCGGAUCUUCAAGAACAGCUUCUAUGAUCAGAAAGAGGCGGUCUGGUUCCCGGUCACGGGAGUGGCUAUGGCUACGCUCAUCAUCGGGACUUUGAUCUACGGUGGGCCAUAUACAGGUCCGUGGCUUGCACUGGCGUGCGAGAUCUGGUUUUGGAUCUACUGCUUUCUCGCCGCAUGUAUCGGGUUGAUCAUGCAGAAUACACUACGCACUAUAGCUCGACCUCUCGCCGAGAUAGGUCCCCCAGACGCAUUGGAGGUGUAUCCCCUGAUGUUCAUUGGAGUCAUUGGAAGUACGCUCGUCUCUGAGCUGGUCGAGCUGCACGUCACCCGAGCUCUAACAGUUGCGGUCUUCGCAUACUGCUUUGCUGGUCUUGGCUUCUUCGUUGGCCUCCUCAAGCUCUCGGUGUGGAUGCACAAAGACAUGACGACCGCAAAAGCAUCUCCCGAUAUCAUCCCUUCCUACCUCAUCUCGGUCGGCGUGCCGGGUUUCCCCAGUCUAGUACUUGUCAAUCUCGCCCAGACCAUUCAGUCCAUCGCGGAGGAGACUGACUUUUUAUCGGGGUUACCAGGGAAUACGUCGGUCAGCGAGUCGGCGAGGGUCAUUGCGACUGUCUCGGUCUUGUUGAGCUUCUUGUUACUGGGAAUGGCAGCGUGGAUGCUGCUCGUUUUCGUAGGAUGGGCUGUAUUGAGCUUGUGGACAGAACCCAAGAAACCGCUGUCGGAGAGGUGGAAAUUCACUUGGUGGUCUUGGACGUUCCCUCUGACCGGCGUGGUCGUGACUUUUGGCAGACUCGCGACCUUUGUCCCCUCGAAGGCUUUUGGCAUCCUCAACAUCAUCUUUGUUAUCGCCAUGGCUUGCGUGUUCUGUUUGAAUUUAGUAGGGACGGCAAGGAUGAUCUGGCGAGGAGAGUUACCAGGAUCAUCAAUCGAGUUCGACGAGCAGUGGUUGAAGCGGGAGCAAGCUGGACGAGCUUGA